AGAAAUCCCUUGUAUCGAAUACACAUAAAAAAUUGGAUUCGCUUGAAACUUUAGAAAUAAAUUCCGUUUUUAUGGACCAAGGAACAUGUCACAGAGAGAUUUUUCAGAGAAUGAACCGGAUUGUACGCCCGAAUACACCGGUUGCCAAUUGCCGGUUGCCAAUCGGGCGCUGUUUUUGGAAAAAGUGCGUCAAUCGAACGCUGCCUGCCAAAAUGGGGAUUUUCCCACAGCAGUGGCACUAUACACGGAUGCCCUAACUUUGGAUCCAACCAACUACAUCCUCUACAGUAAUCGUUCGGCAGCACGUCUGAAGCAAGGCCAAUUUUCAUUGGCUCUGCAGGAUGCGAAUAAAGCGAAAGAAUUAUGUCCACAAUGGGGAAAAGCAUACUUUCGACAGGGAGUUGCUUUACAAUGCCUGCGACGAUAUGGCGAAGCGCUUGCAGCAUUCAGUGCUGGUUUGGCACAAGACGCAAAUAGUAAACAGCUUUUAAGUGGAUUAAUUGAAGCAUCGAUUAAAAGUCCAUUGCGUUCAGCGCUCGAACCGACAUUUCAUCAAUUAUGUGCAAUGAAAUUGGAUCAGUCACCGUUCGUUGUGAUUUCGGUUGUUGGUCAAGAGCUACUACAAGCUGGUCAAUAUCAUUCGGCGGUCACUGUUCUCGAAUCAGCAUUGCGAAUCGGCACCUGUUCACCAAAGCUGAGAGGUUCGGUGUUCAGUGCAUUGAGUUCCGCUUACUGGGCACUUAAUGAGCUUGAUAAGGCGGUCAAAUAUAUGCAGCAGGACUUGGCAGUUGCUAAGAGUUUAGGUGACUCGGCGGGAGAAUGUAGAGCGCACGGUAAUCUUGGCAGUGCAUUUUUCAGCAAAGGAUCGUACAAAGAAGCUUUAACCUCGCACCGUUAUCAACUCGUUCUUGCCAUGAAAUUCAAAGACUCAGAAGCAGCUGCUUCAGCGUUAACCUCGUUAGGGCAUGUAUAUACAGCAAUUGGCGAUUAUUCGAAUGCGUUAGCGAGUCACCAGCAAUGUGUUCAGUUGGUAAAACAAAUUGGCGAUCGGCUUCAAGAGGCUCGCGAAAUCGGGAAUGUGGGUGCCGUCUUUCUUGCAAAGGGCGACUUCGAUAGUGCAGUCGAGUGUCAUACAAAGCAUCUUCGAUUAGCUAGAAAACUAAAUAACCCGGUUGAAGAGGCGCGUGCCUAUUCAAAUUUGGGCUCAAGUCAUCAUUACCGGCGAAACUUUUCACAAGCAAUCAUUUUUCAUGAACAAGUUCUGCGAAUCGCUCAAAAUUUAGGUGAUAAAUCAAUUGAAGCUCGAGCUUAUGCUGGCUUGGGUCAUGCAGCACGAUGUGGCAAUGAUUUUACGCAAGCAAAAAAAUGGCAUGAAAAACAAUUGGAGAUGGCAUUGGCAGCCAGAGAUAAAAUUGGCGAAGGUCGUGCCUGUAGUAAUCUUGGCAUUGUAUACCAAUUGAUUGGAGACUAUGAUGGUGCAUUGAAAUUGCAUCAGGCACAUUUGACCAUUGCUCGGACACUCUCCGAUAAAGGUGGUAUGGGCAGAGCGUUUGGAAAUAUUGGCAACGCAUAUUCAGCCGCCGGACUGUACGAAGCGGCAAUCAAAUAUCACAAACAGGAGUUGACCAUUAGCAAAGAGGUUCGCGACAGAAGUGCUGAAGCAUCAACACACGGAAAUCUGGCCGUGGCAUAUCAGGCAUUGGGUGCUUAUGAUAUGGCUUUAAUACAUUAUCAAGCUCAUUUGAACAUUGCCAGAGAAUUGAAGGAUACACAAGGCGAGGCAUGUGCUUUAUUAAAUCUUGGCAAUUGCCUAAGUUCACGUCAAGAAUUUCUAAAAGCAAUUCCAUAUUAUAAACAAUAUCUGAUGUUGUCGCAAGAACUCGGCGAUAUUGCAGCUGAAGGGAAAGCGUGUCAUUUUUUGGGAUAUGCCCACUAUCGAAUGGAUAUGUAUCGCGAAGCAGUUCGGUAUUACGAUCAAGAUUUGGCGCUGGCGAAAGACUUACAAGAUAAAAUGAAUAUGGGACGAGCCUAUUGCAAUUUGGGAUUGGCUCAUUUGGGAUUGAACAACACCAGUGCGGCUUUAGAGUGCCAAAAGUAUUUCUUAGCCAUUGCACACAUGACAAAUCAUUUGCCGGGAAAAUUCAGAGCAUUAGGUAAUAUCGGUGAUGUUUUAAUCCGAACGGGUCAAAUUGAAGAAGCGGCAAAAAUGUAUCAGCGACAAUUAGCGUUAGCCCGUCAAUAUAGGGAAAGAACUAUGGAAGCGACAUCGUAUGGUGCUCUUGGACUGGCCAAUCGUUUGAUGAAAAAAUUCGACAAAGCCCUUGGAUAUCACACUCAAGAGUUGACACUGCGACAAGAGAUUUGCGACAUGCUGGGCGAGUGUCGUGCAUUGUCACAUUUGGGUGCAGUUCACAUGGCACUACAAAACUAUACGCAUGCAAUAAAGUGUUAUCAAGAGCAACUGGAACGAGCACAAGACUUACAUGACUCAGCAAUUGAGGCGGAGGCAUUCGGAAAUCUUGGUAUCGCUAAAUUGAAUAGCGGUUUCUAUGAAGAUGCCAUUGGAUAUUUAGAGCAGCAACUUGGCACAUUAGAGCGAGUUAAUUCAUCAACAGCUCAACUUGACCGUGCACGUGCAUUAGGCCAUCUGGCUGAUUGUUAUGAUGCACUCAACGAUUUUGAAGAAGGCAUCAAAUGCCAUGAAAGACAUCUAAAACUUGCUAUUGCCUUGCAAAGUUUACGUGACCAAGAACGAGCUUACAGUGGAUUAUGUCAUAGUCAUAAAUCACUUGGAAAUUUGCAAGAAGCGUUAGUUUACUCAGAAAAGCGGCUCGUUGUGGCACAUGAGCUUGGAAAUGAAGCUAAAGCAGCUGCAUUUGGAGAUUUGGGUAAUAUUCACAGUGCGUUGAAAAAUCAUGAGCAAGCGGUGAAUUGUUUGGAACAUCAACGAAAUAUUGCUCAAGAUCUUAAUGAUCGAUAUGCCAUUUCGGAUGCAACGAGCAGUUUGGGUCAAGUGUUCCUGCAAAUGAAUGACUUGGAAGCCGCAAAGAAACUUCACUUGCACGACCAAGAGCUAUGUGAAAGCCUCGGAAAUGCCAGUCUACAAGCACGGUCUUGCGGUAAUUUAGGAUCAGUAUACGAGAAAUUAAAUAAUUUCAACGAAGCCAUAAGACAAUUUGAGAAGCAACUUCAACUGGCAUCCGAUCGCUUGACAAAAGUCUAUGCAUGUGAAUCGUUGGGCAGAGUAUUCCAUACGAUUGGUGAAUCAACAAAAGCGAUUAAUUUCCUUCGUCAAGGUCUUGUUAUAUCGCAAUCGUUGAACAAAUCGGAAGAAGAAGCUAAAAUAAGACAUCGCCUCGGUUUGGUGCUAAUUGAUUCGGGUGAUAAUGAAAAUGCUCGGUCUCAAUUAGAAACCGCAGCUCAAAUUCUCGAGUCUGUUCGAUUCGAACAGCGUUCGCCUGAAGCCAAACAACAUUUAUAUGAUUUACAGACAAAGUGCUAUCAUUUGCUGCAAAAGAUUUUGGUGGGAAUGGGCAAGAAUGAAGAGGCUUUGGUGGCUGCUGAACGGUGUAAAUCACGUGCCACUUUAGAUACAAGUAACUUGACAAGAAAAACGCUUGUCACCUGCAGCGAAAGCAUUUUUGAUGUUGUCAACAAAUCAAAAACAAAUAUCAUCUACUUCAGUUUGGCCGAUGAUGAAUUGUAUGCGUGGUUCUUGCAACCGCAAAAGCGAAUCGUUCGUUUCAACGCAAUCAAAGUGAACGAACUCAAUUUCCCACUUCAUGGCCAAACGGAAGAUUUUAUGAAGACGUUGAGCAAACGAGAGCUCCUAGAGAGUUAUAUUUCAAUGGUACGAGACGAUUUAGGUGUUAAUUCAGACAAUUCACAAGAGAUAAGCGAAUGGCGAUCAUCCGAAAAUUUGCUAGAUGAUUUUGCUAGUGAACGCGCUGGCUUCUUACGGAUGGUUAAUCGAAAUCAUCUGUUAAACUCAAGCAAUUACUCGUUGAGUUCACUGUUUUCACUGGGAAGUGUCGGCGGUUCAGUGGCCUCCCUUCAAGGGUCAACAAGAUCAAUAAGCAGUCUUCAAGGAUCGACCAGAUCACGCCGUGGUUUUUCACUGGUACCGCAAUGGCAGGGACCAAGUUCAUUACACGCUCUAUACAAUUUAUUGCUGGCACCAUUUGAAGACUUAUUGCCAAAUAGUUCAUCAACUCCUAGAACUGGUUACAAAGAGAUGAUUUUGGUGCUGGAAAAUGAAUUGUAUUUGAUACCGUUUGCGGUAUUGCGAAGCGGUCAAGAUGGAGCUGAGUACUUAUCGGAAAGAUGUUCCUUGUUAACUGUGCCUUCGCUGCAAACUUUGCGCCAAAAGAGCCGAAUAAAAACCCGUAAUCAAUCAACAAAUGGCACAACAACAAGUGCAUUGGUAGUUGGUCCUCGCAUUCCAUCAUCACUCACUGACUCAAUUACUUGGACAGAAUCUGCAACUAGUUUGCAAGAAGCGGCCAUGGUUUCGGAUAUGCUGCAAGCAAAAACACUAGUUGGGUCAAAUGCCACCAAGAAUAAUGUUUUAACCGAGUUAGCAACGGCAGAGUGUGUACACUUUGCAGCUGCUCUAACAUGGAAAAUGUCUGGAAUUGUAUUGAAUCCAGGCGAUAUAGUGUAUUCACCAUCGCACAAACGUUUCUAUCCAGGCAGCAAUGACAAUGGCGGAACGAAUAAUGAAAUCGACACCGAAGACGAGGGAAAUGAAUUGAAUGGAAAUAAUAAUGUGGACGUUCCAUCCUUAAACGAUUUUGUACUAACAGCGGACAACAUCAACAAUUUGAAACUCAAUGCAAAAUUAAUCGUUUUGAGUGCUCACAAUUCAUUGGACAAGAUUGAUAGCAUUGGUGUGGCAAAUUUAUCAGACAGUUGGUUACGGGCAGGAGCGGCGGCAGUGUUACUAUCGCUAUGGCCCGUUCCCGAUACCGCUGCAAAAAUUCUCCUCAGAAGUUUCUACUCAGCCCUUCUCCAGGGAGCUAGAUCGGCCAGAGCGUUGGCCGAGGCAAUGCAAACGGUUCAGCAUACUAAACACUUUGCGCACCCAAGCAACUGGGCUGGUUUUCUCUUGAUCGGUGGAAAUGUACGAUUGUCAAACAAAGUAGCCCUAAUCGGACAGGCAUUGUGUGAAUUGGUUAAGACACCAGAAAAAUGUCGCGAUGCACUUCGAGUCUGUUUGCAUUUGGUUGAAAAAAGUCUGCAACGUAUCCAUAGAGGACAAAAGAACGCUAUGUACACCACACAGAAAAGUAUUGAGAAUAAAUGUGGCAUUGCCGAUGGUUGGAAAGAAUUGUUAAUGGCUGUUGGAUUUAGAUUUGAGCCAGCUGCGAAUGGAAUACCGUCGAGUGUAUUCUUUCCGCAAACCAACCCGGAUGAGCGUCUUUCUCAAUGCUCUGCAUCUCUUCAGGCGUUGCUAGCCUUAUCACCAAAUACUCUUCAUGCUCUCUCGAAACUCGUGAAUAAUGCCGAUAUAAUAGCUGAUGAAAUCAUAGGCGUUAUGCGAACGGUUGUGUCACAAUAUCCCCCUAAGGGUAGUCCAGAGUUAGACACAAGCAUUGAUGUCACAUUAACUGUUCGAUUGUGGCGUGUUUCCGGCUGCCAUGAGCUGCUUGCUUCACUUGGUUUCGAUUUAAUGGAGGUGGGCCAGGAUCAAGUGACUUUGCGAACUGGAAAACAAGCGAAUCGUCGCACCUGUCAAUUUGUGUUGCAAGCACUUUUGGCUCUGUUCGAACCACAAGAAGCGCCGAAAAGUAUCGGAAUCGAUUCGAGCAGCAGUUGUGAGUCUCUCAAUGAAGAGUCACGACAAGAUAAUCGAUCGAAUACAAUGAGCCCAAUACCGGGCACAACUACGAGCAGUCAACAGCGUAGCAUUUCACCGGUUGGAACUGUGAAAUCGUUGAAUCUCAAAUUGCCAAGACCGAUGAUACCGAGCCACCGUCCAUUGAUUGGAAGUGGCAGUGCGUUCACGUCAUACGUUCGAAAGCGUGGCGAACCCGAUGGAGGCAGAGAAAUAAGCGUAACUGUACCAUCAAUGCUAACAAACAUUGAAUUGAAUACGGACAGCGAUAUUUCCGAUGGAUACUCCACACAAGGUGUGAAUAGGUUUGAAAUCAAGCCAAACAAAAUCAAUUACACCAAUCUACGUGCACCGAUUAAAGUGUGUGCACGGCCAGGUGGUGGUGGUGAAAGCGACGCUGCAUUCACUCCAAGUCCACCCAUCACUUUGCAGCAUGUUGAUAGCAACGUUUCAAUGGCGUUGGCGCAUCAAACGCGGAUUCGGAACUUGUACUCGGCAGCAUCGAAUGCAAUAAACACUCAAUCAAAUGACCCGCAUAUUCCAUCUCAACGCCCUGAUGAUAGUUCAAGUUCAGCAAGUUCAACCAAUGACUGGGAUGGUUCCGGACAUGCGACAGUUUUACGUCGAUCACAACAAAAUCAACCGAAUGGCUUGCCACCGAUGCCACCGCCACGGCAAAUGCUUCCACUGGUUGAGAGCUUACGACCACAGCCUCCAUCAAUUCCAUUCAACAAUUUGAAUGGCAAGAACAAGGGAAGCAACAAUGCCAUCGAAUCAACCAGCUCCGAUUCAGAAUUUGAAAGAGUAUAUGACUCCAGGGGCGAUCGUAAUACCAUGCAAAAGACCAUACAACCGCCAUCAAUUUUGACUCGCAAUAUUUCAGAAGAAUGUCUAUUGAUGGAUCGAUUGAGUGUUCGAACCGAGAAUACGACAAACAUCAUCCCGAUGGCAGCCGCGCGUAAGCAACUGCAAAUUCCGGAUGAUCACGAAACAACGCUACCGUUUAAAUUCAAUGCGAACAAUUUAUACUUCUCAUCAUCGGAUAGUGAUGUGAUUGAUCAUCGAAUUGAAUCACAGCACAAAGACAUUUCGUUGACACUGAAGGCGAACAGCGCCAAAGAGAAUAAUAAACCAAAUUUGUCAUCGCACAACAAAAACAUUCAAGAUUUGAUAUUGCGAAAGAUUAACCGUGAAAUGACACCAACAAUUUCCGAUGUAUACUAUGAACGAAACAUGGAUCUAGGACUUGCACCACCUUUAUCGAAGCUUUUGUUGAGCAAAAACUAUGAAGAAAACGACACAAAAACCAAUACAAUUAAAAAGGUUAAUUCAUCAGAAACCGUUUCGGAUAUAAAUUUAAACUCAUCGUUGGCGUUGUAUGUUGGCGAAUCAACGGGACAAGAUCACUGUGACGUUUGCAAUAAUCCAUCGGAUAUGAUGUGCCAGUGUAAGACUGCAACACAAAAAUUGGUAUCGAAACCAUGGUUAAACAAUUUGAAUGGAACGAUGCCAACGGCACCGUCCAGCGAACUCUGCAGUGUUGAUCUCAUUGAAUCGAAGGGAAACAAUUUUAAUGGGAAAGACAACGAAACACCGAACGUUAUUGAAAAUGACAAUGGAUCAACGUCAAUCACAUCGAAUUCAUUGAAACGAGGAAAUAGUCCAUAUUCGGAUUUUUCCAAACGAGACGAAGGGGAUGGUCGAAGCGUAGCUGAUUCUCAAUGUUCAAACAGCUACAAAGCCAUCGAUUUAAAUGCCAAUUCGAAAUUAAGUCAGGUUCAGCAGCGAAUCAAUAAAUUCAAUAUGAAUAGCGCCACUAGUAAUAAGAAUUGAAGUCAUGCUCAAAUCACAAGUCAAUUCCAUUAAUUUAAAAUUGAUUGUUGCUUUUUAUACAAAAGAAAAAAUGAAUCCGCAUGGAUAUUUUAUGAUGAGAUAUGUACAUAGAUUUAAAUAAGAAAAGUUCAAAUAAAUUUUAAAUUAUAUAUUCAUUUAUUUAA